AUGGAUGAAAGGUUAGACAACAUUGAAGAAAAAUUUGAUUCCAGAUUUGGAGCAAUAGAGGUGUCAAUUGAAAGGCUUUCAAAAAUUAUUCUAGGAAAGCAACCUGCUGUUAUAACAGCUGCUAACUCUUUUCCACAAAAUCAAGGUAUUGUGGCUACCCAGACCCUCAACCAGCCAGUGCCUAACCAAAUACAGCCUGUAGUAGACUCAUCAAAGCAAUCUUUAACACAAAAGGUAGAAACUCAUCCUUCUUUUCCUCCUCAAACUCGAUAUCAAGAAAAUUCAAGGAUGAAUGAUAUAAAUAAAGGUAUUAAGCUUCAUGUUAGUGAUUUUCCAGGAGAGAGUAAUCCGGAGGGACAUAUGGGUUACCAGUGUCCUAUGAAAAAUUUGCAUGUUGGGAUUGCACAAGGAAAGGAACCUGCAGAACAAGAAUCUGAUUUGGCAGGAAAUUCUUUAGAUUUUGGGGGAUAUCCUGGAAAGUACUACUGCCCAAGGAUGAAUAGCAUGAACAAACCAUCUUAUGCUGCAAUAUGCACCCAUUCACCUACAAAACCAGUUCUCAUAUUUGUUUCAUCUCGUCGCCAGACUAGGCUCACAGCACUAGACCUUAUUCAGUUUGCAGCUUCAGAUGAAUAUCCAAGGCAGUUCCUUAGUAUGUCAGAAGAAGCACUGCAGAUGGUUCUCUCUCAGGUCACUGAUCCAAACCUCAGGCACACCUUACAGUUUGGGAUUGGGUUGCACCACGCAGGUCUGAAUGACAAAGAUAGAUCUCUGGUUGAGGAACUUUUUGCAAAUAACAAGAUCCAGCACACAUUCCAAACAGAAAAUGAGACUAUUGAUUCACAGGUGUUGGUAUGUACUAGUACAUUGGCAUGGGGCGUAAAUCUUCCAGCCCAUCUAGUUAUUAUCAAGGGAACAGAAUAUUAUGACGGAAAAGCAAAGAGAUAUGUAGAUUUUCCAAUCACAGAUAUCUUGCAAAUGAUGGGUCGUGCAGGCCGUCCACAGUAUGAUCAACAUGGCAAAGCUGUCAUUCUUGUUCAUGAACCCAAAAAGAGCUUCUAUAAAAAGUUUUUGUAUGAACCGUUUCCAGUUGAGAGUAGUCUGAGGGAGCAAUUACAUGAUCACAUCAAUGCAGAGAUAGUGACUGGCACAAUCUGCCACAAAGAGGAUGCAGUGCAUUACCUUACAUGGACAUACUUGUUCCGUAGAUUGAUGGUUAAUCCAGCCUACUAUGGGUUGGAGAAUGCAGAGGCUGAAACUCUGAAUUCUUAUUUGUCCAGUGACAAAACUAUAGCAAUUUUUGGCAGAUUAGUGCAAACUACAUUUGAAGACCUGGAAGACAGUGGAUGCAUAAAGAUAGAUGAAGAAAAUGUUGAGUCCAUGGUGUUGGGUAUGAUAGCAUCACAAUAUUACCUUAGCUACACGACUGUAUCAAUGUUUGGGUCAAACAUAGGGCCAGAUACAUCUCUUGAAGUGUUUGUGCAUAUUCUAUCUGGUGCUUCUGAAUAUGAUGAACUUCCUGUGCGGCAUAACGAGGAAAGUUACAAUGAAGCGUUGUCUGGGAGAGUUCGAUAUAUAGUGGAUAAGAAUAGCUUGGAUGACCCACAUGUUAAAGCAAAUCUGUUAUUUCAGGCACACUUUUCCCAGUUAGAGUUGCCUAUCAGUGAUUAUGUAACUGAUUUAAAAUCAGUGUUGGACCAAAGUAUUCGCAUCAUCCAGGCCAUGAUCGAUAUAUGUGCUAACAGUGGAUGGCUUUCAGCCUCAGUUACUUGCAUGCAUCUGUUGCAAAUGGUCAUGCAGGGCUUAUGGUUCGAUAAGGAUUCUUCCCUGUGGAUGUUGCCAUGCAUGAAUGAAGAUCUUCUGCAGUCACUAAGCAAAAGAGGAAUAUCUACAGUGCAACAACUAUUGGAUCUUCCCAAGGCAGCUUUGCAGGCCAUGAUUGGAAAUUUUCCUGCUUCGAGAUUUUAUCAGGAUCUGCAGAACUUCCCCUUCAUUCGAAUGAAGUUAAAAGUUGAGAAAAAGGACAUUGAUGGUAGAAAAUCUCUUGCUCUGAAAAUAAAUUUGGAGAAGACCACUAGCAAGCAAAAUAGAUUGAGGGCUUUUGCUCCCCGAUUCCCUAAGCUAAAAGAUGAAGCUUGGUGGCUAGUUCUUGGUAACACAUCCACCUCUGAACUAUAUGCUUUGAAGAGAGUUUCAUUCUCAGAUCGCUUGGUGACCCAUAUGGAGUUACCGUCAACCUUAACUUCUGUCCAGGGGAUGAAAUUUAUGCUGGUUUCAGAUUGUUACAUUGGUUUUGAGCAAGAACAUUCAGUUGAAGAGCUUGUCAAAUCUCAACAAACAGAAUGCGUGACUGCAUUGCUUAGAAGUUAUAAACUGCAUUUCUUCAAAGCAAAGAAGCGGAUACCAUUGAGAGCACAACACAAGGAAUCCAUCUGGAAUGUACAGAAAGUUGGAUAUGGGAUCAGGGCAACUUAUAUAAAAUCCUUUCUUUAA